GAACGUGAACGAUAUAUCGAUUCUUUGUCAAUGUUCUAUCGCCAUUUCAAAAUCGGUCAAUAAUAAUAAUAUACUUUAUAAAUAGGUUUAUAAUCAUGCAUUAAAUAAUAAAAAUAUGUAAAGUGCAUAAAAUAAUUUUCACUACUAUUCUCAAUCAUUUAUCAAUAUUAAAUUUUUUCAUAUAUAAUAUGACGUUUACACAUGCAUUCAUAUAACGUACUAUCAUAUACCACCACGGGAUACAUAUUGAGGAACGCUCUUUAUAAUUUUUAGGUAAAAGAAUUUCGACAGUAUGGAGUUACAAAUAGACAUCUUAAAAUCUAAAAUAUAAUUUUUGAUCACUGAAGACAAAUAACUACAGUGUAAUAUUGAGUAAAAUUUAAACAUAGAAACUCUUAAAGCUUUUGAUUUAAUUUGAUAGUGAAGCAAUUGGACAUGGAAACAGGAGCUGAAGAUCACCGAGGGGAUGAUUCAGAAGAUUCUAUCGAAAUGAAAGCUGCAAAAAGUUGUUUCAAAAAAAUAUCUAAGCAUAUUGUAACCUCACAUGUAAAGUUUGAUUUAAUCAGCUUGAAGUAUGCCAAAGACCAUUUUCUUUUUUGCAAUUCUGCUCAGAGAAAAGUAGUUUUACUAUAUAUGCACACUUCAAAAGAAGAAUUUUCCAAUAUAUUUAUGAAUAAAUUAAGAAAUCCAGAGAUAUCAGAUAUACUGUGUGAAAGUUUUGUUUUUAUGGGAUGGGAUUUAGACAACAAAGAAUGUCACUUCUCCCUAAAAGAAGCCCUAUUAGAAGUUGAAUUAGAACAUUUGUGUACCUUGGUAGACACUCAAACUUGUGCUGUUGUCAUUCUGCAAAAUAUAAAUGAACGAAUAAAAGUUGUAUCCUGUCUUAUUGAAGAAAGCCCAGAUGGAGUUGAAGAUACAUUCCUGUUAUGCUUGAAAAAUAGUCGCGAUUUUUUGAUUAUGCAAAGGAGAAUUGAGCACAGAGAUGAUUUGUCAGAGAAUAACGAUAUAGAUGCAGAAAAGUUUCAAGGAAUAAUGGCUGAUAUGCUGGGAGAUCGAGAUUAUGAUAGUUUUGCUUUUAAUCAACAUUCAUCUUUGAAAGAUAAGAUUGGCUUUGCCCUUUUUGGACAACCGAUGGAAGAAAAUGGUUAUUCUGAUAAUCAGAAUGAACAAAUUGACAAGAUUUUCAAAAGUAUCUUGAAACAUAACAAUUUGUAUGCUGAACAUAUAGAUCAAGUGGAAAUCUCUUUUAUAUAUAAUGUCAUGGAACCACUUCCAAAUGAAAAAAAAUCACGAGCCAAGAAAUAUCCAAAUUAUAAUCCAAAAGUUGACAUUAGUCCAGUUCCGAUAUUUGUUUUAAGAAAAUGUAAGGACUCUGAAGAUCCAUGCAGAAUAUUUAUAGAUGAAAUUGGUAGGGUUUAUGAUACUUGGCAAUUGUAUAUUGAAAAUAACAAACUGCCAGAAUGCAUAAUGAUCUUGCCAAAGAAUGGAAGAUAUGAAGUACAAGAAAAUAGAGUCAUAUUGGAGAGUCAUAAAUCUCCUGCAUGUAAUACAAGUAAAACAAUAUUAAAAACUGGAGAUAUUGUAAGUACUAUUGGAGGUGUUGGAUCUGGAGUACUUUUAUUGGGAGCAGGAGUGGCAAGCAUACCAGCUAUUCCAGCUAUAGCUGUCGGUGCAACUGUAGUAGGAACAAUAUCGGGAUUAUAUAGUAUUGCUAAGAAUAGUUUCCAUCUUGCAGAUCGUGUGAAGCAUGACGAAGAUCUAAAUUUCAAAAAUUCUGAAGCUCGAGGUAUUUACUUUAAUAUCCUUGCUGGAGCCGUCGGCUUUGUUGGUUUUGGUGCUAAUGCUUUAGUUUCUCAACUAGUUAGUCAAGGAGUCAACAUAGGGAAGGGAGUUGGAGCUGUGGUAAAUACCGUCGGUGUGGUUAAUAUUGGAGUCAGUGGUGCUAGUAUAAUAAAUUCAAGUUAUGAUGUAUAUGAUCAGUGGUUCAAUCGUAACCAUAAACCCAACUUAUUGACUAUCGUGCAGUUGAGCUCAUCGAUAUUAUUCUUUGGAAAUGCCGUUUACAAUUUCAAAUCUUGUAAAACUAUGAUUGAUGAAUCACAAGCUCAAGUUCUACAAGAUUAUCAAGAAUCAUUGAGGAGUAACAGGCACAGAAAAACUUUCAAUAAACUGAUGAAAGAAACUAUUAGACAGAAUGAAGGUAACCAAGUGAAAGGUAGAGCAGAAGUAAUCAAAACCAUAUGUAAUAUUCCUCAGAAAGAUGAAAUAUUUGCUGCUUUGACAAGAAACAAUAAGUUGAUGAACAAAAAAGAUAUAAAAUUCUCUGCAUCUAAUGGAGAAAUAAGUUUCAAUGGAAAAAUAGUUAAUAUUAACGAUUUUAGUGCCUUGAAUAAGCAACAAGCUGAAGCAUUUUUAUCAAACUUACCGACUGAAAACACGAUAUCUAGUAAUCAAACUACAAAUUUCAUAAACAAUUUUUCUUUGAACAGUUUAAAUUUGCCCAAUGUUGAAGAAUUCGCACAAUACUCUUUGCACCUCAUUGCUGCUUUCGGAAUAGAUAUACAGGGUAUGUUAGUGAAAACACUCAAAGAUGUCAUAGGCUUAACUAUUGAGUACUUUAAAGAUCUCUUGGAUGAAUUAUUUCCUAACAGAGGUGCCGAACAUCAUCUAUUGAACGUAGUUAUGGAGUAUUUUGGAGGUAAAGCUGCUGACUAUAUGAAAAAUUACAAUUUAUGGUGUCAAACUGGUAGUCCUUAUUACUACAAAGAGGAGUAUGUAGACAUACCUCUCCAAGAAACCGAAAGAUACAUUUGGAUUUUUUCGAAGAUCGUGAAAGUAUUUUGCAACGGUGGUAAUGUAUCGAAAUAUGACAUAAUGGAUAUUAUAAAACAUGUGGAAUCUUGGAUUUUCCGUAAGUUUUAUACAAAUCAAAGAAACGAGGAAGAAAACAGUCAGAGAGCAGCACAUUCGCCGAAACGAAAAGCUACCAAGUGCCUUAAAUGUGAUGGACGGUAUUUUCAGUGAAAAUUCCUGUAAAAAAAAUGAGUCUAUUACCUAAAGGGAAUACAAUAUUGAGUUAUUCUGAAGUAGUAAAUAUCUCGAUAGCUGAAAAAUAGAUCGGAGUGUCAUAAAUAAGAUGAACAAUUAUGUAGCUACAAGCAGUGAAAUAACAAAAAACAUGAAUUUAAUUAAUAAUUAAAAAAAAAUUUUAAAAAUUUACAAAAUGUUUCAAAAAUUUUUAAUGACAUUUUACACUUUAGGAUCCUAUAUUUCAGAAAAGGGAUACCGAAUAUUUUUUAAAAUAUAUAUGUAUUCAAUAAUUUAUUAAAACAGGUUUCUAAUGGAUGUUUUUUAUUACUAGUAAAAACAUAAUUUUCACUAUAUUAACGCAUGAGAGCCCAAAUUAUUUUUUUUGUCAACUUUAAAUAGUUUUUUUACAAACAUGUUACUAAACUAAUGCAAAAAGUACAUUUUUUUCCUAUAUGAACGUUUAUUUAAAAAAAACACUUGUUGCCAAAUGGCAAUGUUAGGCAGAAAUAAAUACAUUGCACUUUUUAUACAUUGUCCUCAUUAUGGAGCAGCAAUCCAUCACCUGUACGUCUUUUCUUUUUUUAUCUGGCACACUUAUCACAAUGUGGUCGAGUCUAUCGUAUCUAAUGUCAUCGCUUACCCUAACACUAUACUAUUUUUUAAUUUUACUUUCAAUUUGGAAGGAUUUGGAAGUCAUACAACAAAGAAAAGGAUUCGUUUUAGUUCGUAGUAGCCAUUCAUAUUGCGCACAAUAAUUCUAGGAAAAAAUUUAAGUUACUUUUGGUUUAGAAGCAACCAAACAUAGUCGAAUCAGCUGAUUGUAGUAAGAGUUUCCCAUUUUCUGUGCUGAAUUUAUCCUUACCACUUCCUGAUAUUUGUAGCUACUAUUUUUAAUUUUACUUUCAAUUUGGAAGGUUUGAGGGUAGUUUAAUGCUAUUUAUUGAAGUACUAGAUCUUCCGACAGAUACCUGGUUAAAUGCACUUGCACUAAUUCACAUUUAAAUUCCAGUUGAGUCAUUUUUCUUCCACUCUGUCUAUAAAGUAACCAGGCAUUUGUAGGAACCGUCUAUUAACCAGGUGAUUAUGUACCAUAACCAUUUUUUAAAUGAAUACUCACUAUCAAUUGAUAUUCUUGUCCAUAGAAUGGGUAUCCCCCAUAUCUUUAUUGUGUUUUUUCCCAGUUUUUGAGUAUAGUUUUAUUAUCAAGGUGGGAUGGAUACCAAAAUAGGUGCUCACUAUGGUAACUACUUUGUUGUCUAGCCAUCUAUUAAGAAAACCCCUAUUCGUGCACUUCUCUUUUAUAUUGUGUACUCAUGAUCUUUUUGUUGGGCAACGGACAGUCCUUUGGGAUCCUAUUAUCACAGAUAGCACCUGUUCCUGUAAAACCAUUCUCCCUAAGGUAGACUAACAGAUUGGAGUUUGUAAAAAGUUUAUCAAAGAAGUUGUAUGGCAAGUGUUUCUCCUUUGCUAUUUCUGUAUACUGUACACUUUCCAAAAAACUGUUCAUCUUCAGAACGGCAAUUUUUAUUUUUACCCUGGUAUAUAUAACAUCCAACAAAAUACCCAUAUGCAGCAUUGAUGCACCACAUUUUAAACCAAAACCUUAUCGGUUGUCUACGGAUGAUUGCUUACUUGGAUGACGGCCAAAAUAUUUGAUCAUUGAUUCAUCAUAGUUUAGGUUUUGUUCGGCGAGAUAUUUCUUAGGAAACCUUUGAUUCAGCAUAAUCAAGAGUGGCUCUAAUUUAAAAAGCUUAUUGUUUUUAUUGACUGAGUUGUUAUUCGCACAGUGAAUAAACUGUAAUAUUGCAUUCGAGACCAUAUUAUUGUGCAUAUCACCUUGGAUGUCUCAAUAACUUCAUUUUCCGGGGAGAAUGUUAUACCCACUAAGAACAAGUUGCAAAUGUUGGAAAACAUCUUCAUCGAAAAACAGGAGACAUAAUAUUGGUUGUAGUCUGGUUCGGGAAAGAAUUUAGAUGUAGGCUGAAGGUCGCCAACAGUCCAACAGUAAUUUUUUUCUAGUGAUAAUACGUUUUUAAUUCCCUAUUCCAAUGGUCUAUCUUCGGUGCUGUUUUUAAAGAUUUCUGUUUGAUCCGCUUAUGUAAAAUAUGGUUUCCUUUAGUAUUGAUAUCCAUCUGCUAAGACCAGCUAAUUUGCGAUCAGGAAGCCUAUCUAUGUUACAAUCAAUGUAAUCUUCAUCCUCCGAUUCUUCAUCAGUAAGAGAACUGUGUGCGGGGGUUUCAAUAUAUAUUGAGUUCACUGGGUAGUUCGUCAGAAUAUGCAAUUUGAAAAGCUUCCUCUAAAGAAAAGCCGCGCCUGAAAAAAAUUUGCAUAUUAUUUUACAUCAAAAAAUUGCCUUUUGCUAUAUAUCAAAAUUAAACAUGUGCAGGUGUUAUAUAAAUCAAUAAAGUUUCUUAUAAAAACAUG